AUGACAUGCGCAACUAAAACGUCCUGCGAAGGCUGCUCCUGCAGCAAUAUCAACACCCCCAUCAACAUCGAAGACUGCGAAUCCGAACUCCUCGCCCUGCGCCAACGCACCCGCGACCUCGAAAAGACCCUAGCCUCCGUGACGAAACAAGCCUCUGUAACCCCAACAAAACGUCUCCGCUCCGCCCAAUGGUUCGACAAUGACGACAACCCGGGCAUGACAGCCCUCUACAUCGAGCGCUACCUCAACUACGGCAUGACCCGCGACGAACUCAUGUCCUCUAACAAACCCGUAAUCGGAAUCGCGCAGUCCGGUUCCGACCUGAGCCCUUGUAACCGGUACCAUUUGGAACUGGCGAAGCGGGUGAGAGAGGGGAUUCGGAGUGCGGGGGGUAUUGCGAUGGAGUUUCCGACGCAUCCGAUUCAGGAGAGUACGAGACGACCGACGGCUUGCUUGGAUCGAAAUUUGAUGUAUUUGGGACUUGUGGAGUUGUUGUAUGGGUAUCCGUUGGAUGGAGUUGUGUUGUUGACAGGGUGUGAUAAGACGACACCGGCGGCUUUGAUGGCGGCGGGGACUGUGAACAUCCCGGCGAUUUGUCUGAAUGUUGGGCCUAUGAUGAAUGGCUACGUGAAGAGUGAACUGGCCGGGUCCGGCAUGGUACUUUGGAAGGGGAGGGAGAUGUAUGCUGCUGGGGAGAUCAACAAGGAGGAGUUUAUCGAUUAUGUUUCCAGAGGUGCACCAUCAGUUGGCCAUUGCAACACCAUGGGAACAGCAUCGACCAUGAAUGCGCUGGCUGAAGCACUGGGAAUGGCGCUUCCCGAGUCAGCUGCAAUCCCAGCACCAUAUCGCGAAAGAGCGCAAUGCGCCUACGAAACCGGUCUACGGAUCGUUGAGAUGGUCCACGCAGACCGCAAACCCAGCGACAUCAUGACCCGCCAGGCCUUCGAGAACACCAUCGUCGUCAACACGGCCAUUGGCGGCAGCACCAACGCACCAAUCCAUAUCAAUGCGAUCGCAAAACAUAUCGGAAUCGAUAUAUCGCUAGACGACUGGGAUCGACUUGGCUUCCAUAUCCCGCUGCUACUCAACAUGCAGCCUGCAGGCGAGCUGCUGGGCGAAGAAUACUAUCGCGCAGGAGGUCUCCCCGCUAUCAUGGCCGAGUUACUGGACGCAGGCAAGUUGCACGCCGAUGUGCUGACCUGCAAUGGUCGCACAGUCACUGAUAACGUGCGCGGUCGGCACAGCUGGGACCGGCGCAUGAUCCGCGCCUACAAGGAUCCUCUGGUCGCUGAUGCAGGCUUCGUGCAUCUGCAGGGUAACCUGUUCGACUCAGCAAUCAUGAAAACUUGCGUUAUCUCGCAAGAAUUCCGCGAGAAAUUCCUUGAGAACCCGAACGAUCCGAAUGCCUUCGAAGGGACCGUAGUCGUCUUCGACGGUCCUGAGGAUUACCACCACCGCCUCGAAGACCCCUCUACCCCGAUCAACGAAUAUAGCAUCCUUGUCAUGCGUGGCGCAGGACCCCUGGGCUAUCCCGGUGCCGCAGAAGUGGUCAACAUGCAUCCACCAGGUCGUCUAUUGCGACAGGGUGUACACUCACUGCCAUGUAUCGGGGAUGGACGACAAUCGGGAACCUCGGGGUCACCGUCGAUUCUCAACGCCAGUCCCGAGGCUGCCGCCGGAGGAAAUCUGGCACUGCUGCGUGACGGCGACCGGCUGCGUGUCGAUCUAAAUCAGCGCCGCGUGGACAUUUUGUCGGUGUCGGAGUAUGAGUUGCGACAGCGGAGGGAGGAAUUGGCAAUACGAGGAGGAUACGAUAAUCCACAGAGUCGGACACCGUGGCAGGAGAUGUUCCGGAAAGAGACUGCGCAGCUGAAUGAGGGAAUGGUGUUGCGCGAGGCUGUCAAGUAUCAGCGAUUAGCGCAGGGGGAAGAGCCUCGCCAUAAUCACUAG